GAAUUCGAUAACGGUCAGAUUUAGGGCUUCUCAAUAGGAACCCAGAUAAACACAAACUUUGUAAUUUAGUUCACAGCUAUGCCAACUUUACUCUAUUCUUCUGAUUUUUGUUUUUCGAAAACCUUGAAAUCAUUGACCAUCGCCCGACUAUUGAUUUUGGUUUUUAUUGUUUUGGUUUACACUUUUGCACGCCAGGUGUUUGCUGUUUUGCCUCCUCGGCGUGGAUAUUUUCUAGGUUGUGUGCUCUGCUUUGAUAAUAGUUGGGGUGCAAUAGAAUGCAAGAAAUCCAGAGAACAACGCUGCAAUGAGCAAGCCAUAAAAAUAUUCAUUAGCAGAGGAUUUCAAGAAAAGGAGGCAUUUAUGGAUCAUAUUUGGGAAUUCCAAGUUUCAAUGGUGUUUUCAAUGUUGAUGUACGGGGGAAAUUGUGUAAUUUGGGAACGAAUAUCAGGAUGAUUGAAGGAAUAUGUGACUGCAAUUUAGGGACUAAUUAUGUUGUAGUAUUUGGUUUACUUCCUCGGAUUCACUCAUUUCUCUUUACUAACCUCAUAUCAGUUAAGUUGUUGCAUUCUUAUGACUUCUCUUCAUAUGUUUCGCUCACAACCGCACACCACUCGAACAUGGCAU